GUUGUUUUCAUUGUGCGUUCGAUACGUCCACAGAGCGUUGAGAAUCCGUGUUGUGCAGAAGAGAUUUUCCACCCAUCUUGUGAAAAUUAAUAUUUUUCCAGUGCGUAGUGCAAUCAUUGAAGUGCAGUAAAGUGUUUCACAGUCCAACUCGGCUCGAGAGCAGCGCGCAUAGAAAAACCCAAGCAGUGUAAGAAGGAAACCACUUGGUGCAGAUUGGGUUGCCUUGACCAAAACAGCAGUUUACAUUGGGUGUUUUCGUGGCGGUGUGAAACAAAUUGGCCACCUCAAGCAAACAAACAACGAAAAAUGAACAUGUUUUCCGGAUUAACGAAUCAAGUGAGCUCCUGGAUCGGUGCGGCCAAGGGCGAACCGCAGGACGAGGAGGUGCCGACACCCCCGAACUCGGCUGCCACGACUGCGACAGCGACCACUUCCGGUGCAACGGCAGCGACAACUGCAGCCGCCGACACGACUGGCGCAGCAGCAGCUGGCGGGGACGGUGGUGACAAAAGCCCCACCAAAGGAGGUGUCUUCUCCGGUGUUUCAUCGAAGGUGACGGGAUGGCUGGGCAAUGCCUCGAUCCCGUCGAUGCCAGCGAUUCCGACGGUCUCGAUGCCCGCCAUGCCUGCGAUGCCUUCGAUGCCCUCGAUCCCGGGCCUGCGGAAGACGAACCAGACAGACGAGAACGGCGGCAUCACGAACGAGGGUCUGGUCACAUCGCCCGAGAAGGCGAGUCAAGGUAUUGCCGGCUCGACGGAUGCUGCCGAUGAGGAGGACCGGUCAAGGUAUAUUAGUGCCACUGGAGGAGCUGACUCUCGUCCCGCCACGGGUCCCGGAACACCAACUGAGGAGAAUGCUGGACAAAUCGGGCAAGUUACACAUAAAGUCACCGCUGGCGCUAAAUCGAUUGGAUCGUUCCUGUACUCUUCGUUCAACAAAGCUGGGGAUAAGAUUAAACACCUGAAAGACAACAGCAUUCUCGGAGAAUUCAGCAAGGAACAAGAAGCAUUCAUUAAAAACCAACAAGGCGGAGGAUCCGCUGGCGUGUGUCCGUGGGUAGGACAUGCCAACGAAGCAAAGAUCAAAGAGGAGAUUCUCAGUCUGUCGGCGGACCGUCGAAACUUCGUACGAGCUCCACCGGCGGGAGUUGAAUUUGAUUUUGAUUACGAUUCGUCGUACCCGAUUGCAUUGGCCAUCAUGAACGAUGAUAAGGAGCUGGAAAAGAUGCGAUUCGAGUUGGUUCCAAAAAUCAUCACGGAGGAGAACUUUUGGCGUAAUUACUUCUACCGUGUUUCACUGAUAUGCCAAGCAGCAGAUUUGGGCACACUGGGCGACCAUAAUGAGUUCGUUAAACGUGGCGUCAGUGAAGAUACAGAGGAUGCCGACUCUAGCCGGACAGAUGUGCCAAAACCCGUGCUCAAUGAAACCAGCGCUCCCGAGCGCUCGGCUCAAACGGUCCUUCCAGCCAAAACGUCCGUUUCAGACACUGUUCGAAACAGUGCUACGCAUUCCGAUGUCGCGGUGCCUUCCGGUGCCAUCGUGAAAACGGUCAAAAAAAGCAACCACAGUGAAUUCAUUUCUGAUAGUUUCCAAACGAACGAACAAGAUCUGGAGGAGGUAAAGGCUGGCAUGAAAAAGCUCGGUAUCGAUAGCCUAGCCCGGCAGGCGAACGAAUCGAUUCUGCACGAGGCUGAAAAAAGUGAAGAGCAGUGGGAAAAGGACCUGGAGGCGGAGCUGCAGGACUACGAGCUGGUGAACGAUGGGAGCAACGAGCGCAACGCUAACUGGGAGAAGGACGUGGACGAGCUGCUGGACGACGAGACGGACCUGAAAUAAAACGAAUGUUUCAAUCAGUUACUUUGUAAUAUGAUCCACUGCGGCGUGACGAAGUAAUGGACCCACGCGGUGUCCUCCGGCCCGAUGGCCUGCGUGUGCGAGGUUUAGAAGUGGCUUUACGUUUCUCGGUUCGUGGCUUUGCAAAGGUUUACGGUUGGCGUAUGUAUGGUUUACACUUGUUGAUACAGUUUAACGCACUGUGAUGAUUUUUUGAUCGGUCGAUUGAUGGAGAUCGAAACGAACGAAGGAUGGCUACGGGUAGAAUGAUGAAGCACCAUGUUUUUCUUGGAUAAUGAUUUGCCAUCUUUUUCUGGGUUGCAAAUUAUGCAACCCACUUUCAGUAUGUGUGUUUGUAGCAUACAUGCAUCCCACCUAGAAACUUUCCCUCGUCCUUUCUGUGGUCAAAUUUGUGCACCCUCUACCUUCCGCUCUUUACCCUCCCAUCUCGUUGGAUGAGUUACGUAUUUUUAGCAGCAUAAGUUUCGGGAACUGGAUAGGAACACGAUCGCUGCUGCGCCAACAAUGGUUGUGCGCAUCAUCUUACAAAGCAAUUGAUGCAGCAGUUUGGGUAUUAAAAUACCCGAACUAGACACUACUACAAAAAAAAAACUAGAAUAGCAUAAAUAGGGGCACAUAUUAUAGAGUGAGAGGGAUUGAAAUAGAAAUACACCAAAAUUAAGCCCGUACACUGUUGCCAUCGCACCUUGGGCUUUCUAUGCUAAUUGCGAUAAAUAUGCAAACAGAUAUGCAAAAUCCAAGUGGCACUCGUUAGACACACUCCAUAUUUCCUUAAUCGGUCAAUAGACGAUAGAAUAUGAUGGGCUACAAUGUCGACCCGCAAUAUCAACUGAUUUACGAUCGAAUCUUUAUAGGUUCUGUUUCCAGCAUCUGUUGCCAGCAGAUAUUCAACGUUGGGGAAUAUCCUAUUUUGGAUGAAAGCAUUCCAAUAAUGCUCCAUUGUUGCUGGAUGGGCAUUAUGCGUGCUUUCUCGGAAUUGAAAAACAAUUCAAAUCAGAUGUGAAACAAACAUUGAAGAUGGGAACGCUUUUUGCGGCAAUUGAUUAAAUGAAUGAAACUGUGGUCUAAAUUGGAAUAUAAGUAGACACCAAACACACUUAAAAACUACAAUAGGAUCUAAGGACGUUUUACUAACUACACGGUUUUGUUGUAAAAGAUUUCAUCGGAAUGAUUCUGGUUCGUUUAUUAUUUUUUUAUUUUUAGAUUCUGAGCUGACUUUCUGACUGUAUGGUUUAAAUCGUAAAAACAUUAGUAUGCCAAAUAUUAAAAAAAAAAAAAUAUCACAAUGUUACUAACACCACCAAGAUCUUUCUAUUAAUUGGAGUAGGAUGCAUAGGUUAUAUGAGCUAGAAGCUUAAGCGUAAUGAGUAAAUUAAAGCAGAAAACGGUAUCCUAUUGUCUUAAACGAUUCGAGGUACGUCCACGCAUAACCUUCUCAAUUGCAGUUCCAUAUGAUAGUUGAUAAAAUAAUAGUAAACUAAGUGAAUGAAGAAUACUUACCUGGAUGAAUAUUGAAAGGAAGACAAGACAAGAGAUUAAAAGGGAAGUUGAUAUACAUAAAGGUAAAACACCUCUAUCAUUGAUACAUCAAAUAAUGGUUCGUUUGGAAACGAAAGUUCUAAUAAAGACAAUGCUAUGAAUUAACCA